UCGCAGCCUGGGUGUGGGUCCUCAGUGCUCUGUGCUCACUGAGGUUGUUCAGGGAGGGGACCUUGGUCAGAGCCGAGUGCUCCUGGGAUUUCGCAGGAGCGCCCCGGGCCUGGGCGCGCGGUGCCAGAGAAGAUCCUGAACCGGAUUAGGGGAGAAUGCGGUAUGCCCCAUAGGGAUUCGCGACCCCGGCAGUUCCUUGAACCGCAUCCAGCACCUUUAGCAAGCAGUCCAUCUCUCUCAGUCCAUCCCACCCUCCCAGGGUUGGAGUCCCUCCAGAAGCUGAGCAGCCAUGACAUUUGCUGAGGAAAAGACCUAUAAGUAUAUCCGCUACAACCACAGCAAGUUUUGCUGUGUUGAUGUUCUGGAGAUCCUGCCUCACCUGUCCUGCCUCACAACCAGUGACCAGGAUCGAUUACGGGCUUCCUACAAGCAACAAGGAAACCAGGGCACACUCUGGGAACUCUUCAAUACGCUCCAGCGUCGGCCUGGCUGGGUAGAGGUCUUCAUCCAGGCACUGAGGAUCUGUGAGCUGUCUGGGCUGGCUGAGCAAGUGACUCGAGUUUAUCAGAGCUACCUGCCUCCUGGGGCCUCGCUCCACUCCCUAGACCCAUUGCAGUCACCAAGAAUUCCUACCACAGUUUCCGAACCUUCUGCAUUUGCAGCACGCCACACCAUCCCUGACAGUGGCUUCCAAGAUAAACCAAGUUACCCUAAGCCUGUCCAGGACACCCAGCCACCAAAGUCCCCAGUAGAGAAUUCAGAGGAACCCCCACCGGCCAACUUCGGGGCCGUUCCAAGGAUGUCGGGUGACUCUUUGAUAUCCUCACCUAACCCACCGGCCCUCAGCCCUCAGCCCUCCAGAGAGCAUCCCGAGCAAGAACCCGAACUGGGGAGCCCCUCCACAGCAAAUGUUGACUCUGUUCCCAUAGCAACCUAUGGACCUGUGUCUCCAACUGUUUCCUUCCAGCCCCUUCCACGUAUUGCCCCGAGGACAAACCUCUCGCCUGGGGUCACAGUAUCAGCUCUAUCUGCCAAGACCACUUUGUCCUCCUCUUCUACUGGAUCAACUUUUGCAAAGGGAGCAGGUGACCAGGCCAAGGCUGCCACCUGUGUCAGCACUAAAGAGGGAGUACCUACCAAUUAUGUGACUACCAGCUCAGUGCCUUCUAUCAAACCAGUACCAGUAAAUACCAUGCCUUCCAAGUUGCCCAUCAGUACAAAGUCCACUGCUGCAACGCCCUCUACUGUGCCCACUAAUAUAGCGCCAUCAAAAUUACCCAUCAACUCAGUGUAUAUUGGCACAGUGCCAUCCAAAGUGACUGCUAGUGUGGCCAAAGCAAGUGCCAGCACAAUGCCACCUGAGAGGAACAACAAGCAAGCCAAGGAGACCCUGGAGGCUCCAGCAACCGUAGUCACCACUGGAAGCAGCCUGACCAGACCAGAUAUCAGUUCCAGGAGCUUGCACUCUGGGCCAGAGUUGAGCAAGCCAGGGGUGCUGGUGUCCCAGGUGGACAACGAGCCAUUCUCAGCCUGCUCUGUGGACCUUGCCAUCAGCCCUAGCACCUCCUUGGGCUCAGAACCCAACCAUGGUCCAGAGGAGAAUGAGUAUUCAUCCUUUCAAAUCCAGGUGGAUAAAAGUCCCAGUGUUGAUCUGUUAGGAAGCCCUGAGCCACUAGCCACCCAGCAGUCCCCAGAAGAGGAAGAGCCUCUUGCCGGUUCAAUGUCCUGGGCUAAGUGGCUGGGGGCCACCGGUGCACUCUUGGCUGCAUUCCUGGCAGUGAUUCUGUACCGUAGCAGGCACCUGGCCCAGUGAAGCCUCAGCUGUAUGCCACACUCACUUGCUCAGUCCUGCCAAGCAUGCCCUCUAGGCUUGGGGUGGUAGAGGCUGAGUCAGGGAAACUUAGAUAUGGCGAGGUCCACUGAGCUAUCCAGGUACAGGUGGCUACCUGUACCCAGGCGCCAUCACUAUGGGGUGGGGGAAGAGACACUGCUUCUAUCCUGGUUCAUGUCGUCUUCUGGUCUUCAGCUUUUGGGGGCCCUGUAUCCAUUGCUUCUGAUCUGCCCACAGGGCAGGGUAAGAUUGCAUGCUAUGUGCUCCUAAGGAGGUAUCCCCACCAGACUCAUCCCUAUUGGCCCAAGCCUGAAGAUGAGGAGGCAUCGCACUGUUGACAGUGCCCCUCCUCUCACCCAGGUCUCCUGAAACACAAGCGUAGAAUAGUGAUGAGUGCUCCCGUAGCAUCCAAUGCCUUCCACCAGCAGCCUGGCUGAGGCCUCGGCAGGAGCGCCUGGGAGCAGCAGAGCAGCUGGUCUCUUGGGAGCUUUGGGUGCUCUGCCCCUUUGGUCCCUUUCCCCAGCCAGACAGCCCUAAGGGUGGGCCUGGAGGUUCUCUGUGGACUCCGAAAGCCAGAAGCAGCUGCCAGGCCCGAGAAAGCCCCUGGGAGCCUUGCUCCAGCCUCCUUAUCCCAGCUCUUCACUUCUCCCCUCCUGGUCUCCAUUCUCUUUGACCUCCUACACUGGAUGACAAGAUACCUAGUGGGCAGAGCUCAGGCUGGGCUUGGAUCAGUUCCACCCUUUCUCUGCCUUUAGCAGAUGUUUAGCUUCUCUAGUCUUCCUCCCAGUGUGGACAGUGGGUAGCACUUCCUUUUACUGGGCUCCUCUGAGUUUGAAGGAUAGAGAUAUUUACCUAGUGCCUAUCCCCGAGGGUGUGAGCACAAGUUCUUGCCGUCCUGCCCAAGCUGGUUGAGCUAAGGUGAGAGCAUGAGAGACAGAGUGCACAGUGGUAAUAGCACAGUCUUUAAGAGAGCAGCCUUCACCUCCAUCAUGCUUUUGUCUCCUCCCUGGUCAGGUGUAGACCUUACCUCUGUGCCUCACUUUUCUCACCUGUGAGAUGGGGUGAAUAUGCAUAUAUAUGCUAAUAUAUUCUAGUUUUAUUGGGAUAAUUAAAAGAGUUUAUCUGUACAAA